AUGGACUUGAUCCGUCCUAUCGAGGACAAGGUCAAGGCCGCAAGAUCCGGCUCACGCCUUCAGAAUCGUGCGUGCGAUCAAUGCCGGCGUUCAAAGAGGAGAUGUGAUCUCGCCAAGGCUGGCGCUGACGGAUUGCCCCUUCAGCAUGACGGCCCUUGCAAGCUCUGCGUGCGCAAGAACCUGCAAUGCACCACGCACUGGAGCGCGUUGCAACAGUCGGUCAGCUCGAGCAGAAAGGAGCUUCGCCACAUCUCGCAGACCUCGGUCAGCUACACCGCUCUUCAAGACCAGCUCUCCUCCCACCACUACCUCCCCGCCGGCCUCUCGACGUCAUCCAAGAGCAUGAGUGACAGCAUCGACGGUCUCUACAUCUCCACCAACCAGCUCUUCACCUACGUUACAGCUUGGGAAUGGAUCUGGCAGCACUUUCUCGGAUCCAGUGCGGUACCGGCCGGCGUCGGUCUGGAUGCGGCCGUCCACCCACGUCGUGGUCUUCUCAGCACUAAGGCUGCAAGUGCAUGGGACAGCAUGAUGGCGAUCAACACUGUACAGCACAUCUCUCCCAACUUCUUCUACAGCACGUUUGUCUGCGACGAGGCGUAUCGACCCCACGGCCGCUUUAAGCGCAUUCCGCAUAGAGCCGAGGAAAUAUCGAUGCAAGCGCUUCAGUACGCCAUCGUUGCCUAUGCCAGUCAGUAUGGCUCGCAGAAUCCAGGUGAAUGGCGCGGCGACGAGAGUGACCGUUUCCGGAGGCAGAAAGACACACAGAUUGCCGAAGCCGCUUGGAUGCGUGCGCGCGACUUUCUCAUGGCCAACUCGUCCGUGGCGACCUUUCGAAUGGCGUACGCUCUCCACCUCUUCAGCAACACGUGUCCGCCACUGCGCAGUCAGAAGGCCAACUUGGAUGUCGUGCAAGACACCAUCUACAUCUUGCAGACCGGUCUCCGCAUGAUGGACGACCUGGCAACCGACUUGCUGCGCCAGCAAGAAGAGGAUCUGUUCGCACUUGGAUUUCAUAACACUGACGGCGCCCAGAUGAGCGACGACACUUUACUAAUCUCAGAUCCCGGCUAUCGUGCGCGCGUCGAUCGAGCACUUGCCCUCAAGGACGUGGCCGAGAAUCUCCUGUGGUACUCGGCCAUCUGCGACGCUGCUACUACCGGUGGCUAUGGUAUGCCCCCCAUCGCCCGAAGCAGUACACGUGACCGAGUUGAUAUCGAUGCGAUGCAGCUGUCAGCUGCUUUGCCUGCUGUUUCCAUAUCGGCGCCGAGACAGGCGGACCAUCACGCUGCUGGCUUCACCUCCAGUGUCGAUUCGAUGGGGUCGGCGGCAGAAGCAAGCUUGCCUUAUGGUGCCAGCAGCUUUAGCUCGAUUCCCAACGUCUCUCCUAAUCCGAACACGGAUUCGAACAGGAUGGCGAACGUGGAUACAACAGCGGCAAGAUUUGGCGAUCCAACCAUGCUGAGACUCGAGUCCAACUUCAUGGUGCCGACUGCUAUGAAUGGAGAUCUGAGUUCGUUGACCCGAGAUUGGUCACAACGAGGAGAUCCGUCGGUGCUGAACAGAAAUCCUAUGGCUGUCCCGGCGAACCAAUUACCCUUGUCCAGCCCGCCAACUUCGGAUGCGAUGCAAUCUUGGAAUCUGGUUGCACACCGGGCGCUGCACGUCUCGAAGCGUGUCCCGUAUGCUAUGGCAGCAUUUAGCCAGGCGCCGGGCGAUCCUAUUCGAGUCAAGGAGCUGCUCAGCCUCUGCCAGACCGGCGCAGCUACGCAGAUCAUGAUCUGGCAACGCAACGGCAACUUCCGAGCGUGUCUGGACAACCCACGAGCUACAGCUGCCGAACUCUCGGAACACUUUCGACGAACUUGGACCAUGAUCCUGUUUGUGCAGCAGGUCUUCCAGCCUCUGCUGGACCUUGAUCCGCAUCUUUACGCGCACAUGCCUGCUUCAGCGCAGUCGAUGAUCACCCACCUGAUCAACCAAGUUGGAAUGGGAUCGCUGAUCUUUUUGGAGCUGUGCAGUGUGCUCGAAGGCAUGCCGUGGAUGCAAGGCUCCAAGGACACUUCGUGGCUCAGGGUUUCGAGCAUGCUUCGAGCUGAGCUAGAUCAAUCACGAGAUCUGCGCAACGCGGUUCGUCGCAGGAGCGCGCUUCGCAUCGGCAGGUCGCAUGAUAUGGUGGACCAGCAAGUGAAGAGGACCUUGAGCAAUACAGGGUCGCCACCGCGUCAAAGGUUCACCAGCAAACAUACAUCACCGGGUGGAUCGGGUCGCAAUAGCCAUCGUGGAAGUGACGCUGGUUUCAGCGAAUCAUCCGAAAUGCCUGACCUGUCUCGCAUCGAUGUAGCCUUGCCGCAAGACGACAUGAUCGUGCCUGCGAUGCAGAUCCACAGCAGCCGUCACCCGGUGCCGACGCAUCUCGCCGCCAUCCUGCACAUCUCGUUUUGCGCGCUCGUGCCAGACGCGCUGCAAGAAAUCGGCCAGCAUGGCGCUGCAUCACCCAACACUCUGGAUGCUCUCGACGCGGAUCUGCGAGGAUUGCAGGGGAUCCUCGACAGCGUGCUGAGCUUUGGACCGGGCUUCCACCGCGAGCCGAGCUUGGAGACCGUGUUCUCGACCAGGAACUGGCUUGCUCCUGAACGUCAGCCGCUCGUCCUCGCAAUGCGUUGA